AUGUUUUCUGGUCACCUGUUCAGUCGUGUGGAUUUAUCUAUCUAUCUAUCUAUCUAUCUAUCUAUCUAUCUAUCUAUCUAUCUCGAUCUACAUCAUAUCUAUCUAUCUAUCUAUUCACUUUAUUCUUUUCUCACUGUGUUGAUUGGUUACAUUUAUGUCAGUGUCCAUUUUCAACCGUCGCGUUUAUCUGUAACCGCUCCACCACAACCAAUUGUGUGGUUAGACUUAUCUAUCUAUCUAUCUAUCUAUCUAUCUAGUUUAAUCUGCGCGCGCAUUUUUCUUUCGUCGAUUUUUUCUAAAUUUUUCUCUCGUUUAUUUUCUAGAUUUUUCUUCGUUUAUUUUUCUAGAGUUUUCUCUCGUUUUUUUUUUCUAGAUUUUUCUUUCUUUUAUUUUUCUAGGACAUUUUCAUUUUCUUUCUUUGCUCUUUUUAAGUUUUCCUUUUUUUUUUUAAUUCUAUCUUUUCCAUACAUUGUUGUUUUGUUAUCGUUAAUAUUUUUCUUUCAUUUUGUUUCUUUCAUGAUUUUCUUUCAAAUAUUUACUAAAGUUUUCUUUACUCUUGUCCCUCUUUCUUUUUUUUCUUUCUUUCUUUUUUGUCUCUUAUGCUUUCUUUUUAGUAUUAUACAAACUGAAUUUCUUAUUUAUUUCUUAAUUAUGGCACGCGUCUUUCUUUUUUCUUUUUCUUUCUUUUUCAUUUUGAAAUUUAAUUCAGUCUUUCUUUUUUCCUUUCUUUCUUUUUUCUUUGUUAUGCUUUCUUUUUAUCUUUCUUUUUUUCUUUCUUUCUUUUUUUGCUUUCUUUCUUUUUUGUCUCUUAUGCUUUUUUUUAUUUUUUCUUUUUUAUCUUUCAUUCUUUUUUUCUUUCAUGCUGUAUAUAUAUAUAUUGCAUAUGCAUUUUCUUUUUCUUUUUUCUUUCUUUCGUAUAAUUAUUCCUAUUGCCCUUCUUUCUUUUUAUCGUCUAGUCUUUCUUUAUUCUUUCUUCUCUAUACUGUCAUUAAUUUUUCCUUUCUUUCUUUCUUUCUUUCUUUUUUUCUUUCUUUCUUUUUAUGCUUUCUUUUUAUUUAUUUGUCCUAUUCUUUUUUUUUUUUUUUUUUUUUCUUUUUUUUCUUUUCUUUUUUUUUUCUUUCUUUCUUUUUUAUUCAUAAUGGCAUUUCUUUCUUUUUUAUCGUCCAUUCAUUCGUCCAUAAUGAUAUUUUAUUCUUUUUCUUUUUUUCCAUACCAAUAUUUCAUUCAUUCACUCAUUCAUUCAUUAUUUCUUUCUUGAUUUUCUUUUAUGAUUUCCGUUUUUUUUUUUACUUUAUUUUUUAUUCCUUUCUUUCUUUAUUUCUUUUUUUCUUUUAUUCCUUUUUUCUUUCUUUCUUUCUUUCUUUCUUUGUUUUCAUUCAUCUUUUUUUUUUCUUUUUUGUCCAUUCAUUCGUCCAUAAUUAUUUUAUUUCUUUUUUUUUCUUUCUUCAUUCUUUCAUUCAUUAUUCUUUCUCUUUUUCUUUCUUUCUUUCUUUCUUUCUUUCCUUUUCUUCCUUCUUCUUUCUUUCUUCUUCCUGCCCUUCUUUCUUUCUUUCUUUCUUUCUUUCUUUCUUUUCUUUCUUUCUUUCUUUUCUUCUUAAUAUACAGACUUUUUAUUUCAUUCAUAAUUAUACUAUUUUCUUUCCUUCUUUUUUCUAUUUCUUAAUUUUCUCUUGUUUUUUCUUUCUUUUUUUUCGCUAUCAUGAUUUUCUUUUUACAUGGAUCCUUCUUCUUUCCUUUCUUUUACCCAUCUUAAAUUAUUCUUUCAUUUAUUUUCUUUCUUUUUAUUCUUUCUUUUUUCCUUGUGUCUUUGUUUCUUUCUUUCUUUUUAUUCUUUCUUUUUUGGUUGUUUUGUUUCCUUGUGCCUUUCUUUCUUUCUUUUUAUUCUUUCUUUUUUAUUUGCUUUGUUUCCUUGUGUCUUUCUUUCUUUCUUUCUUUUUAUUCUUUCUUUUUUGUUUGUUUUGUUUCCUUGUGUCUUUCUUUCUUUCUUUCUUUUUAUUCUUUCUUUUUUGUUUGUUUUGUUUCCUUGUGUCUUUUUUUUUGUUUGUUUUGUUUUCUUGUGUCUUUCUUUCUUUCUUUCUUUCUUUCUUUCUUUCUUUCUUUCUUUCUUUCUUUCCAGAUCUUCUUCAUCUCGCCAUAUUAUUUUUUUCCGUUUCGAAAUCCUUUUCUUUUUAUAGAUAUUCUGGAUUUCUGUUACCGGCGCUUUCUUUUAGUUUCAAUCUUCUACGUUUUAUCGUUUCACUACUUUUUUUUUGUUUUUGCUUCCCUCCCAUCAGUUUUCUUCCACCCACCACUCCUCAGGUUUUCCCCCCUUAUAAUUCCCGCCCUCUGGAGGCUCAUGGGUACCAAUUUAUUUUUUCUUUCUUUUAUUUUCUCAUGUUUGUCUUCUCAAUUAUUCAUCAUUUUCCUUUCCUCAUCCCCCUUAUACCUUUAUCUUUUUCACUCUUUUACCCUCUUUCUCUCUGCGUACUUUUUCUCGCCUUGUUUUUGAUUAAAAAAAUUUUUUCUCUAUUUUCUUAUUUAAAUUUUUUUUCCUGCUUUGUUCUUUAUUUCUUUCUUUUUUCCUUCUUCCCUAUUUCUUAUUUUUCUCAAGUUUUUCUUUCUUUUUCUUCUUUAUUGGGACUUCUAGCUUUUUUCUUUCUUUAUUUUCCUUUUCUUUCUUUUUCUCUUCUUAUAUUUUUCUCUCAUUUAAUUUUUCAUUCUUUUUUUUAA